AUGUGUGAAACCAAUGGUAGUAAUGCGAACGGUAUAGUAUUUCUAGGAUCUGGUCGUCGAAACAUUGUCCUUGGGGUUUGUACUUCAGAGCUUCAAAAAUUGUGUAUUCUCCCAUUUUCGAAGAAUCCUUACGAAAUCGCGUUUCCAUAUCAUGUCGCCUUACGCAUCAGCGAUACCCCUCAAAGGGAAUGCGAGGAAUGCGCCAGAGCUCUGAAGUCGUUUGUUGGGAGUCGAAUAAUUAUUUCCAUGACACCGGAAUUAAGAGCCCAUCUCUCGGCGAGGGUAUCGCCGAACCAUCUUGUCUUGCUGAAUAGCGCAACCGAAGUGAUGCUGCUUUCUAAUUUUACUGUCAAUCCGGCGGCCCUCCUCCACCGUCCAUGUACGGGCUUCCCCUUUCCUCGUGCGGGCACAUGCGCGGGGCUGACUGCCGACUACACGAUCGAGAUCAAGCCCAAGAGCGCGUGGCGGCGGCCGCGGGUGAUUGGCAUCGAGGUAGACGGCCAGGCCCACUUCCUCCACCCCCUCAAGCGCACCCACUGCCGCUACGCCAUGAUGCCGGGGCUACCGGCUCGCGCGGGAGGGGCUUGGCGCCGCGGCCGCGACGGAAGGGGCGGCGUACUGCCCUAA